AGUCGAUUCGGAGGAGCCGGUGUUACCGCCUUCUUCCAGCCGCUGAGUGUAGCUUGAAGGAAGUGGCGGGAAGCCGGUGUGGGGCGGAAUCCAUCACUCCCGGGAUCGCUUCGGUAGGGGCUGUGUGCUCUCCGAGGAGGAGCGGAAAGGGCGGGACCGAGGAGUGGCGUCGGGGCGGCGGAGCGUUCUGUAGGGAAUCCCUCCGGUCUGGCCGGCCUGGGUACGGAGACCUAGAGUUCCCGGCAUGCAUCGCGGCCGCGGGGUAGUACGGGAGCUGGAGCUGAAGGAAGCGCUUCCCGUUCUGCGGUUUCUGGGCCUUGUCUGUGGCGGUCGUAGGCUCUGAAGUCCAUUACAUUCGUCGAGACGGUGUGAGGACCUCUCAUGUUUAUCUUCAGCCGCAGGAACUCUAAUCUAGCAGAGAAGAGACGGUAGAUGAAGGGAAAGCGGAGGCGGUUCUUCAGGGAUGUGUAUUCGAACUGGCUCUGGAAUCUGCGCCUACUGCAUGCUUACUUGAAGGAAAGAAAAUAGAAUUAGAUUGGGCUGGAGCAAAGACUAUCCUGACCGUGGCAGACGUGUUCAGAUUCCAGCAUUCUGGUGGUAGAAGCAGAAGGAUCAAAAAUUCAAGACCAUCCUAAGCUACAUUCCAAGUUUGAGGCCAUCUUCAGCUACAUGAGACCCUGGCACAAAUGAAAGAGUUUGAGGCCAACCCAUAGGCGACACAGCAAGAAAUUGUCUUCAGAGAUUUUCACAGCUGAGAGUGCAAAAUAAAGCAGGAUGUCUGUGGAUCCGAUGGCCUAUGAGGCCCAGUUCUUUGGCUUCACACCACAGACUUGCCUGCUGAGGAUCUACGUAGCAUUUCAAGACCACCUGUUUGAAGUGAUGCAGGCUGUUGAACAGGUUAUCCUAAAGAAGCUGGAGGACAUUCCAAACUGUGAGAUCACCCCUGUCCAGACUCGGAAAUGCACAGAGAAGUUUCUUUGCUUCAUGAAAGGACGCUUCGAUAACCUUUUUGGCAAAAUGGAGCAGCUGAUUUUGCAGUCGAUUUUGUGUAUUCCUCCAAACAUCCUGCUUCCUGAAGACAAGUGUCAGGAGACGAAUCCUUUCAGUGAAGAGAAACUCGAGCUUCUCCAACAGGAAAUCAAAGAGUUACAGGAGAAAUACAAGGUUGAGUUGUGCACUGAGCAGGCCCUUCUUGCAGAAUUAGAGGAGCAGAAAACUGUUAAGGCCAAACUCAGAGAGACCUUGACUUUCUUUGAUGAGCUUGAAAACAUCGGCAGAUAUCAAGGAACUAGUAACUUUAGGGAGAGUUUGGCAUCCCUGGUCCAGAGCUGCAGAAAACUUCAGAGCAUUAGAGACAAUGUAGAAAAAGAAAGCAGGAGACUGGAAACACAGUGAUUUCUCAGUAAUGAAAAGAGAGCAUAGAAAUAGAUAGCUUUUCUUUGUUUAUUUACUCUUAUGUUUAGGUCUUUUGGGGCCACGCUCCCCUCCUGUCCUGGGUUACACAAAGCAAAUCAGCAGACCUUCUAAAUCGCAGGCUGCAGUGGAGACCUCAGAAGCAGAGCUUGUGUCCAUUUGCUUUUCUCUCUCAAACUUGGCUCACAUCUGGUAAAGCCUCCAGUUCUUUUGGGAUUGCACUCAUUUUGCUGUUAGGUAUGUUUAGUAUGAUUUCAGGAGGGAAUAGAAUCCUCAUGGAACUGGAUGUUUCUGCUCAUUUUUGCUGUAUAAAGCAGGUCUGUAUUCAUUGAGUAUAACCAUGAGGUACAUCAGGGACUAAUAGAGCCGGGCUGAGGACAUAGCUCAGUGGUAGAGUAUGCUCAACAUACUUAGGAUUUAACAUGGAGAGAAGCAGAAAGAGGAGUGGGAAGGAGGAGAAGGAAAUCAAAGGGCAGCAGGGCACAGUAGAGGGGAUCAGGGUAUGGGAUGACAUAUAGUGCAAUAUAUUAAAGGGGCAUGUCCCAUUGAUAAUGUAAGAUUCAAGUCAAGCUUAGAAGGUGUUAGCCUCUCACCUAAGAGAUCACUCUAGGCAAAGAAAAUAGCAGAAAACCCAUAAGGUAGAACAUAUGGAAUUCACACAGCUGGAACAGAUAUGGCCAAUUUAGGAAAUGGGAUACGCCUGUCACAUUCCAGUCUACUUUUUGUAAGUCUGAUGAGAUGGGUCGGCAGGUAAAAUACUUGUAAUACAAGCCUGGUGACCUGAGUAGGAUCCCCAAAACCUACUUAAAGAUGGAAAGAAUUGACUCCACAAAGUUGUCUUAAGGUACACUGUGGCAUGUACACUCUCAUCCCCCACAUUGUGUGUACACACACAGUCUCUCUUAAGAGACAAGCAAAACCUCUGUGUAUGUGUGAGUAUGUGCUAUUAAAAACUAACUCCUAGCUGGAUUUCAUGCCGUUGAUCCCAGUACUCAGGAGGCAGAGGCAGGUGGACCUCUUGUGAAUUUAGCCUGGUUUACAUAAAGAGUUCAGGGCAGCCAGGACUAAAGAGACCCCAUCUCAGAAAACAAAAAACCCAAAUGUGAUUGAUGGCACUUGUUAGAUUGGUAAAGCAGACUUUAUUCAGGACCCUUAAGUUAGAUACUGGGACCAUUGCAGAAGGAUUUUGCAUUGAGAGAUUAGAUUCUGAAUAUAAGAAGUAAAAAGAUGUUUGGGAAUGUGCAACUAAGGGACAGAAUGGGACUUGUUGGGACAAAGCAAGUAUCAUUGGAUGGAAAAUUACUAAAAGGGUCGGUAUAAGGGGUUUGAAUGUAUCCCAUAAAAUUCAUAUGUUAAAACUCUUGACUUCUUAGUGGUACACUGUAGAGGUUUAUACUUUGAUUAAUGUCAGUACUGUGGGAACAGGAGUGUUCCUUAGGGAAUAGAUUCCCAAUAAAGGAUGGACUCAGGUCCUUCUGCUCUGGCAUGAUCUCACCCUGUAACACCUGAGACAGCAGGAAGGCAUGUAACUUUGGAUUCUAUACAUACAAUAAAUAAUCUCUAUACCUGUAAUAAAUAAA